CACGUACAUGUAACUGAUGAAAGCAUUCCUGUUCUUUCCAUCAUACCGGAAAUUACCCGAGAGACAUAUGAUGUAACACAUAGAAAGUUCCGGACCAUCGUUACUAAAGGCAGAGACGGUUUACUAAAGGUCGACAUUUCGCGAAGGUAUUGCGUCUGUUUUUAUCAGUGAGCAAAUUUACACAGAUACUAAUAAUUUAAAAAUGCCGAGAGGAAGCAGAAGCCGGACAUCCAGGAUGCCCCCUCCAGCCAGCCGGGCUCCACCAUCACCACCACCUAUGGCCAGGGCUGCACCUCCUCCUUCCUAUGCCCCGGCUCCAAUGCAUGCUCCUCCAUCUGCUGUGGGUGCUCCGGCUGCUGCACCCAGGCAGCCAGGUAUGUUUGCCCAGAUGGCGACUACAGCCGCUGGAGUGGCAGUGGGCUCUGCUGUAGGACACACAAUCGGACAUGCCAUGACUGGAGGCUUCGGUGGGGGACACUCUGAGCCUGCCAAGCCUGACGUCACAUACCAGGAGCCGUACCAGGCUCAGCCCAUGUACCAGCAGCAGCCACAGUCCAUGUACCAGCAGGAGGCGCCUCAGCAGCAGCAGGCCUGCUCCUAUGAGCUUAAACAGUUCAUCGAGUGUGCCCAAAACCAGAGCGACUAUAAACUCUGUGAGGGCUUCAGUGAGGUGCUGAAACAGUGCAAGGCCUCUAAUGGUAUGUUAUGAGAUGACAAAAACCUGGAGAGUGAAGAGCACACGAACUGAAUUAAGCAACCAUGCCGAAUGAAUACUAAGAGGGUGUUACUUCACAAGGGAUCAAUAAACAUGCUAUAGUUUGACAGUUGAUUAUCA